ACUUUAGUAAAAUAGAAAAUCCUAAGUAGUCUACACUUUCUAUUUCCUAAAAAAAUAUCCUUAAUAGUCUACUCUGUCGGAUCUCCCUGUAAUUGCUUUACUUUUCACUCGAAAUUUCAAUUCCCAUAAUUUAUUUUGCCAAUCGAAGUAAUAAAUUCCUUCAAACAAACACCCUUACCACUCUUUCUAAACAGCAAUAUCACCAAGAAAAAACAAUUUUCUUUGGGGCUUUAAAGGUGGAAGAAGGGAAAAAAGAAUGCCGGCAAUAGGAAUCGAUCUCGGGACAACAUACUCUUGCGUAGGAGUAUGGCAGCACAACCGUGUUGAGAUAAUAAUCAAUGAUCAAGGAAACAGAACGACACCAUCUUGUGUUGCUUUCAAUCAAACCCAACGUCUUGUUGGCGAGGCUGCUAAAAAUCAGGCUACUUCUAAUCCUAUUAAUACCGUUUUUGAUGCAAAGAGGCUUAUUGGCAGAAGAUUCACUGAUGAAGUAGUGCAGAAUGACAUGAAACUCUGGUCUUUUAAGGUUAUUUCCGCGUCUGAAGACAACAAACCUGUAAUUGUAGUCACCUAUAGAGGCGAAGAAAAGCAGUUUGCUGCUGAGGAGAUCUCUUCAAUGGUCCUGAUGAAGAUGAAACAGACUGCAGAGACCUACCUUGGCUCGGAAGUGAAAAAUGCUGUUGUCACUGUCCCUGCUUAUUUCAAUGAUUCCCAGCGUCAGGCAACAAGAGAUGCCGGUACCAUUGCUGGACUCAACGUCAUGCGCAUUAUCAAUGAACCAACGGCUGCUGCCAUUGCCUAUGGUCUUGACAAGAUGGGCAGUGAUAAGAAAGAGACGGCUAAGAAUGUGUUAGUUUUUGAUCUUGGAGGUGGGACAUUUGAUGUAUCUUUGGUUAGAAUUGGUAAACAGGCUUGUGAAGUGAAAGCAGUUAACGGAGACACCCAUCUUGGUGGUGAGGAUUUUGACAGUAGAAUGGUUGAUUACUUUGUGUCUCAAUUUAAAAGAAAACAUAACAAGGACAUUAGUGGAGAUCGCAGAGCUAUUGGGAGGUUGAGAUCUGCUUGUGAGAGGGCGAAAAGGAUGUUGUCAUCAACUACCGAGACUAGUGUUGAUGUUGAUUGUCUCUACGAGGGUAUUGAUUUUUAUUCGACCAUCUCCCGUGCCAGGUUUGAAAGGUUGAACCUGGAUUUGUUUACUAAUUGUAUAAAUCCUGUUAAGAAAUGUCUGGAAGACGCCAAGAUGAAAAAGACUAGUGUUGAUGAUGUUGUUCUUGUUGGUGGGUCAUGUAGGAUUCCAAAGGUUCAGGAAUUAUUGAAAGAUUUCUUCAAUGGGAAGGAGUUUUGCCAAAGCAUUAACCCGGAUGAGGCUGUUGCAUAUGGUGCUGCGGUUCAAGCUGCAAUCUUGAGCGGUACACAUAACAAUAGGGACUUUACUCUAGUAGAUGUAACUCCUUUGUCCCUUGGGGUUAAGCUUUAUUAUGGUGAGAUGUGUAUUUUGAUCCCAAGAAAUUCUAGCAUUCCAGUGAAAAAGUCGACUACUCUUUACAAUGCAGAUAACGAUACAACCGUUCAUGUUCGUGUAUUCGAAGGUGAGAGACCCAUCGCCUUAGACAACAACUUCUUAGGUAUGUUUGAACUGCACAAUAUCCCUUCAGCACGGAUAGGUAGCCAAAAAUUUGAUGUCUGCUUUGAAAUGGACAAUGAUGGUAUCCUUACAGUGUCAGCGCAGCAUAUAGGCACUAACAACAAAAAACAACCGAGACUAGUGUUAAUGUAGAUUCUCUUUGAGGGUAUUGAUUUUUAUUCGACCAUCUCCCGU